GUCCCCAAAAUAACGUUAUAUAUGAAUGGAUUGUUAAGAAUCAAAACAAAUAGUGUUUUAAAUGUCUUUGAAUUCAAGAAAACGUGUCUUCGCUGAUGAUAAUGGUUUCAUACCAUUGUCAUCAUCGACACAAAAGUCGCAAAAUAAUGACAAUCGUUACCAACAAAAGAAACAAAAUAAGUCACAAAACGUAUCCAUUUUUGGUGACCGACAUCUGUAUUCUCGAGUCAAAGAGAUUUUAACCAAAUCAGACGUAAACGACAACCAAAUACUUGUGAAUCAGUUACAGAAGACAUAUUCUGAAUACAAACGGAAGAAGAGUUCAGUUCUUAUGAAGUCUGUUUGCAAAGCGUUAGAAAUGAUUGAUAACGACUUGUCUUCAGAUGUAAUGGAAGACGAUAUAAGUGGCCAAUCAAUCGAUGAUAUAACAGAUCCACUACCAAAUGAUGACAUAAAUUUUAUGAAUAAUUCAUUAAACGAUUUAUAUUCAACAAAUAGUAAUCAAACGAAUAGAAAUAAAUUAAGAGACAGUUCGGGUCAAAAUAUUACCGAAAAUAGUGGUCAUUCAAAGUAUAAUAACACGAGAAAAUCAGACAAAAGAUCUGAAAAUUCAAAAACUGUUUCUCAAACCAACAACAAAGCCGAUCGUAAUAUCGAUUCUUUAUUAACAAAACAAAUUCAACUAAAAGAGCGCUAUUUAUGUGAACCAAAACUGACAUUUGAAGACUUUGGUGGUAUCGAUAAUAUAGUGAUUCAGAUUAAGAAAUUAUUGUUUCAUUUAAGACAUCCAACACUUUAUAUGACUAUCGGUGUCGAUCCUCCCCGUGGUUUCUUAUUGCACGGACCGCCCGGCGUCGGUAAGACAGCAAUAGUUGAGGCCAUCGCCAAUGACCUGAAAAUACCAUUCUUGAAGUGUGGCGCCACUGAAAUAGUUGCAGGAAUUUCAGGUGAAAGUGAGGGCAAAAUACGUGAACUCUUUAGUUUAGCUAAUAGUUUGAAACCUUGUAUACUAUUCAUUGAUGAAAUCGACUCAAUUACACCUAAACGAGAAAACGCAUCCAAAGAAAUGGAGAGAAGAAUUGUCACACAAUUACUCACAUCUUUAGAUAAUUUAGGAACCAGUGAUUCUCAAGGAGUUAUGGUUAUCGGUGCCACUAAUAGACCGGAUGCUAUUGAUCCAGCACUUAGAAGAGCCGGACGUUUUGAUAGAGAAAUAAGUUUAGGAAUUCCCGAUCAAAAGUCUAGGACUGAGAUUUUGAAAGUCAUUACAAAAAGUGUUAAACUGUGCGACAACUUUGAUAUCGAAUCUUUGGCCCACAAAACUCCCGGUUAUGUCGGCGCUGAUCUCAAAAGUUUGAUACGAGAGGCGGCUAUAAAUGCUUUGGAAAGGAUUUUAUUACUUCAAAAUAUAGACAUAAAUUUAUCUUUCGAUAGCAAUCAGAUGAAUAUCGAUAACCUAACGUCUUUGUUGACAAUAGAUAUGUGUGACUUUGAUUCAGCACUCAAACAAAUACAGCCCUCAUCUAAACGUGAAGGUUUUGCUACAGUUCCAGACGUCACGUGGAGUGAUGUCGGCGCUCUUGAGAAUGUUAGAAAAGAUUUACAACUAUCGAUAUUAGCGCCCAUUAGAUAUGAAAAAGAUGUUAAAGCAUUAGGACUGACCACUUCAGUGGGAAUACUUUUAUGUGGACCACCCGGUUGUGGCAAAACAUUAUUAGCAAAAGCCAUCGCUAAUGAAUCGGGUAUUAACUUUAUAUCAGUGAAAGGACCCGAACUUUUGAAUAUGUAUGUCGGAGAGUCUGAACGGGCCGUUAGAUCAGUAUUCAAUAGGGCACGCAAUUCAAAGCCAUGUGUUGUGUUUUUUGAUGAAAUUGAUGCACUUUGUCCUAAAAGAAACGAUUCAGAGUCAUCCAACGCUUCCUCACGUGUUGUCAAUCAACUGUUGACUGAAAUGGAUGGCUUAGAAUCUAGAGAUUGUUUUUUGUUGGCGGCCACAAACCGACCCGAUAUUAUAGAUCCAGCUAUUCUAAGGCCGGGACGGUUCGAUAAAAUACUUUACGUUGGAUUCCCAUCGAAAGCAGAUCGCUAUGAGAUAUUGAAAACAUUAAGCAAAAACGGAACAAAACCUCCAUUUAGUGCAGACAUUGAUCUUAAAACUAUAGCCGAAGACACACGUCUUGAUGGUCUAACCGGCGCUGACUUGCAUUCAUUGCUAAGAGAAUGUAGUUUAAGUGCAUUAUCUGAGAGAAUAUCAUCUAAUUUGGCACCAAAUGAGUCCAUUAUUAUCAAGAAAUGUCAUAUUGAGUGUGCAUUAAAUAAAGUUAAACCAUCUGUUAGUAACAAUGAAAGAAAAAUUUAUGAAAAAAUGUCAAAUAUUUAUGAUAGUAAACAUUAA